CCCAGAGUGGGCUUUAGGAUCCGCCCAGGCUCCCACUCGAAGACUGCAAGCCCCUUUCCCACACUCACGAGAUAGAGGCCUUGCGGGGGCGCAGACGGUGCUGUGGCUGCUAGCGCUUUACGCUGCUCUGAUUAGUGCGCUCGCCUCUCGGGGCUCUCAUCCCGGAGGUCUUUUUGGAGUAGGGCAGAGGGGUGGGGAGAGCUAGGGAGAGCUAGGGAGAGCUAAUCAGAGCAAUCUUGAAGUUCGGGACGGGAAAACUGAGAGUCCCAGCAAGGCGCCCCUUUUUUCUGCUUUGCCCCAGAAGCGGCAACAAGUGUGCGCCCUCAGCGCAGGCAUGACGCCCUGGGCGCUGAUGUGGCUCCCAGGGCUAGGGCUGCCGUUGCUGCUGGUGACAACGGCUGUUGGGGGUCCUCCAGGGGACUCGGUCCUUCCCGCCUCCGGAGAUGCCACUCUGGCUUUCGUCUUCGAUGUCACCGGCUCCAUGUGGGAUGACCUGAGGCAGGUGGUGGAGGGCGCCUCCAGGAUCCUGGAGAGAAGCCUCAGCGGUAGAAGUAAAGCCAUCGCCAACUACGCGCUGGUGCCCUUCCAUGACCCAGAUAUUGGCCCAGUGACCCUUACAUCGGAUCCAGCUGUGUUCCAGCGAGAAUUGAGGGAACUCUAUGUACAGGGUGGAGGUGAUUGUCCGGAGAUGAGUAUUGGCGCUAUCAAGGCUGCAGUGGAGAUCUCCAAUCCUAGUUCCUUCAUCUACGUAUUUUCGGAUGCCCGGGCCAAGGAUUAUCACCGGAAGCCAGAGCUGCUCCGACUUCUCCAGCUCAAACAGUCUCAGGUGGUCUUUGUGCUGACAGGUGACUGUGGUGAUCGCACUCAUCCAGGGUAUCUGGCAUAUGAGGAGAUUGCUGCCACCAGUUCUGGACAGGUGUUCCACUUGGAUAAGCAGCAAGUAAACGAGGUCCUGAAGUGGGUGGAGGAAGCCAUCCAGGUCUCUAAGGUCCACUUGCUCUCCACGGAUCAUGAGAAGGAAGGAGAACACACCUGGAAGAUCCCAUUUGAUCCCAGUCUGAAAGAGGUCACCAUCUCCCUGAGUGGUCCUGGCCCAGAGAUAGAAGUGAGAGACCCAUUGGGGAGGAUUCUUCAGAAGGAUGAAGGACUGAAUAUGCUUCUCAACAUCCCAGAUUCUGCCAAGGUGGUGGCUUUUAAGCCUGAGCACCCUGGUCUUUGGUCCAUCAAGGUCUAUAGCAGCGGCCGACACUCAGUGAGGAUCACGGGCAUCAGCAACAUCAAUUUCCGAGCCGGCUUCACCACCCAGCCUUCCUUGGACCUCAACCAUACCAUUGAGUGGCCCUUACAAGGGGUUCCCAUAUCCCUGGUGAUCAACUCCACAGGCCUGCUGGCCCCAGGGCGCCUAGACUCAGUGGAGCUUUCCCAUAGCUCUGGCCAGCCUUUGCUGACCUUGCCUGCUGGGUCCUUAUCCAAUACCUCCUCCCACCAGUUGUGGGUGGGACCUCCCUUUCGAGUGCCCAAGGAACGAUUCUACCUCAAGGUGAAGGGUGAGGAUCAUGAAGGCAAUCCCCUGCACCGGGUCUCUAAUGUGGCCUACAACGGAGUGGCACCAGGUUCUCCAUUGGUGACCAUGCCUAACAAGAUCCAUGGGUAUCUCUGGCAGCCGCUGCUCAUCUCAUGCUCAGUCCACAGCUCACUCCCUUUCAGGCUCCAGCUGAGACGAAAUGGAGUGAAGCUAGGUGAAGAAAGGCAUUUCCAAGAAUCAGGAAACAGCACCUGGGAGAUCCCCCGGGCCUCCAAAUCAGAGGAAGGUGUGUAUGAGUGCACAGCCAUGAGCCGAGCAGGGACUGGAAAGGCCAAGACACAGCUUGUGGUCACAGAUCCUCCACCCCAGCUGGCCUCUCCGCAGAAUGUCACGGUAUCUCCAGGAGAGACAGCCCUCCUUUCGUGCCAAGUUCUGGACAAGGCUCCAUACAACUUGACUUGGGUCCGUGAUUGGAGGGUUCUGCCAGCCUCGCCAGGACGGGUGGUACAGCUGGCAAACCUGUCUCUAGAGAUUAGUGGCAUAAUUCCCAGCGAUGGUGGGAAGUACCAGUGCCUGGCCAGCAAUGCCAAUGGGAUAACAAGGGCAUCAGUGUGGCUCCUUAUUAGAGAGCCUCCACAGAUAAGCAUCAACACCAGUUCCCGGCACUUUUCCCAGGGAGUUGAGCUGAGGAUCAGCUGUACUGCGUCUGGAUACCCUCCACCCCAUAUAUCCUGGAGACACAAUGACCAGACAAUAGGGAUGGAUGGAAGGUUCUUGGUGGAUGACCAGGGUACUCUGAUCAUUCAGAGUGUGACCCCAGAGGAUGCUGGGAAUUACAGCUGCCAGGCCACCAAUGAGGUUGGCACGGAUGAGCAGACAGUCACACUCUUUUAUACAGAACCCCCAUCUGUCUCUGCCCUGAGACCUGUGGUGCUGGCCCCCAUUGGGGAGGAGGCAGUGCUGGAGUGCAAGGCAUCUGGGGUCCCUCCGCCUCGAGUCAUCUGGUACAGAGGGGGCCUAGAAAUGAUACUGGCUCCUGAAGUGGCCCACACCGGAACUCUCAGGAUCCAAGAAGUCCAGGAGAGGGAUGCGGGCAACUAUAUUUGCAAAGCAGUGAAUGAGCUGGGGGCAGCAUCGGCCGACAUCAGGCUGGAGGUUGGAUAUGCACCUCAGCUUGUAGAGUCAUCUCGGAACAUGGUGGUGGAGAUGGGCAGGAAUGCCAUCCUGGCAUGCCGAGCAGAGGGGCGCCCUAGCCCGAGAAUCACCUGGGCCCGGGUGGAUGGAAAACCAGUGCCAGCCCAUCCUGUGGAGGGCAAUCGGGCCAGACAGCUAGAGGCAGGAGUGCUGUUCCUGGAGAAUGUGACCCCAGAAGACCAGGCUCUGUACAUCUGUGAAGCUCACAACACUUUUGGCAAGGCCCAGGCAGAGGUCCAGCUCACAGUCAUUGGACAUGAGCCCCCUCAGAUUGCUAGCAGUGCGUCCAUGGUGCGAGUCCUAGAGGGGCAGCCUGCAUCUCUGCCCUGUGUCGUGCUGGCUGGGAAGCCCUUUCCUCAGCGGCACUGGCUGAAGGAGGGCCAAGCCCCACUGCCCAGUAGUCGCUAUUCCAUCCGAACUGAUGGCAGCUUCCAUAUUGACCGGGCCUUGCAAGAGGAUGCGGGAAGGUAUAGCUGUGUUGUCACCAAUACAGUGGGUUCUCAGCGCCAGGACAUUGAGCUGGCUGUCCAAGUAUUGCCCAGCAUCCUGCCUACUGCUUCCCACUAUGUCACCAAUGAGGGUGUUCCCAUCUCUCUACCCUGUGUCUCAAGGGGUAUUCCCACUCCCACCAUUACCUGGAGGAAGGAAACAAAUGCCUUGUCCCCUCGGAGUUCCCACCAUCAAGUGCUCAAGGAAGGCAGCCUCUACCUCCCUCAGCCAUCUGCCCAAGAUUCAGGGACUUAUGUCUGCACUGCCACCAAUGCAUUGGGCAUUUCCAGCCAGGAGAUCCAACUCUCUGUGAACACUAAACCCAGGAUCAUCAUGAAUGAAUCACUCGACUCAGACCGACCAGUGACAAUCACUGCCUUGGCUGGGAAGGAGCUGACCCUUCACUGUGAAGCUGAAGGUUCCCCAUCCCCAUUGAUCACUUGGACAAAGGAUUCCCAACUUCUGUCACCCAUCACAGACAGGCAUAGCCUUCUCCCCUCAGGCUCUCUGAAACUGGCAGAGACAAGUGUGGAGGACAAUGGCCUGUAUACCUGCAUAGCCUCCAACCCAGCAGGCACUGCCUCCCGAAGCUAUGUCCUUGGGGUGCAAGUUCCCCCCCAGAUCCAGCAGGGUCCCCAGCUGCUGAAGGUGCUAGCAGGUGAGAGCCUAGACUUGACCUGUGUAGCCACAGGAGACCCAAAGCCUCAGCUCCGCUGGUCCAAAGAUGGCAUCACCUUGCCGCAGAAAGGCUGGGUUGGCCCUGAUGGCUCGGUCCACUUGGAGUCGGUGCAGGUGUCCGAUUCUGGGCACUACCACUGUGUGGCCUCCAGUGAGGCUGGAGAAGAUGCUCGGGAGCUGGAGCUGGAGGUCCUGGAACCACCACGCUGGGAAGCCGAGGACGCUGAAGCCUUGCUGGAAAGAGUGGCUGGAGAGAAUGCCAGCCUUCCCUGUCCGGUCACAGGAACUCCAACACCCCGAGUGAUCUGGAGGAAGGAUCCAGCCCCAGAGCUCCUGAGCAGCCAACCAGGCUUGUCAGUAUUAAAUGACAGUUCUCUGUUCAUUGCUUCAGUGUCAUCCCAGGACAGUGGAGACUAUGAGUGUCGGGCCACCAAUGAGGUGGGCUCAGUGUCAAGAAAAGUCAAGUUGGUGGUUUAUGUGCCCCCUCACUUCCGGGGAGAAGAACAGAGAGUCAAUGUGUCCACCCUGGCCAGCAGACCCCUGACUCUGAACUGUGACGUAAGCGGCUUCCCUACCCCUGCCAUCACCUGGUACAAGGAUGGACGGCCUGUCUCUGAGGACAACAGACAUUACUUCCCAGAUGGUGCCCCAUCUCUCCAUUUCCCCCAAGUCCAGAAGAGUGACUCUGACCUCUACACCUGCCAAGCUGUGAACCGAGCUGGGAUGGCUCAGAAGGACUUCAAUCUCCUUGUGCUGAUCCCGCCUUCAGUGCGUGGAGCAGGGACGGCUCAGGAGGUGUCAAGACUAGCUGGCCUGGAAGUAGAGCUGGAAUGCCGUACUUCAGGGGUGCCCCUGCCCCAGGUGGAGUGGACCAAGGAUGGGCAGCCUGUAGCCCCAGGUGACCCUCAUAUUCAGCUCGUGGAGGAUGGGCAGGUUCUCAAGAUCCCCAGCAGCCACCUGGGGGAUGCGGGUCAUUACCAGUGUGUGGCCUUCAGUCCUGCUGGCCAGCAGGCCAAGGAUUUCCAGCUCAGCAUUCAGACACCCCCUACCAUCUGGGGCUCCAAUGAGACAGGAGAGGUGGCCGUCAUGGAAGACCAUGUGGUCCGCCUUCAGUGUGAUGCCCGUGGUGUCCCCACCCCUGCCAUCACCUGGCUCAAAGAUGGGGACCCUCUCCAUGCCAGCCCCCGCGUGGCUUAUGCCAAAGGGGGGCGGCACUUGCAGCUGGGGAGGGCCCGGGGUUCGGACUCCGGGCUGUACACCUGCCAGGCCAGCAAUGCAGCAGGAAUAGCUGAGAAAGCUGUGAGGCUGGAUGUCUAUGUUCCACCCACCAUUGAGGGGGCUGAUGGAGGCCCACUGGUGGUGAAGGCAGUGGCUGGGAGGCCCCUGGCUCUGGGGUGCUCAGCAAGUGGCCAUCCACCCCCCACCCUCACAUGGCACCAGGAUGAGAACCCUCUGACAGAAAACAAUGGAACGUGGCUCCAGGAGGGGGGCCGAGUGCUAAGGUUGGAGAGAGUGACUGAGGCAGCCUCCGGGCACUAUAGCUGUUUGGCCAACAGUCCUGCUGGGGAGACAGUACUACAUUACAUGGUGGAAGUACAGGUCCCCCCACAACUGCUGGUAGGAGAAGGCUCAGGACAAGUGACUACUGUGAAGGGACACUCCCUGGAGCUACCCUGUCAGGCCACAGGCUCCCCAACUCCAAUUAUACAAUGGCUAAGGAAUGGCCGACCUGCUGAGGAGUUUGCUGGUGUGGAGGUAUCCACAGAUGGGGCCAUGCUACGGAUUGACCAUGUACAGCCAGACCACAAUGGGCUCUUUGCCUGCCAGGCCACUAAUGAAGCUGGCACUGCUGGGGCUGAGGUGGAGGUGCUGGUACAUGAACAACCAUCAGUUACUGUUCUGGAGGGUGAGAACAUUACGGCCCCUUUUCUUCAGCCAGUCACCAUCCAGUGUGUGGCAGCUGGGAUGCCAGUGCCAAACCUCAGUUGGUGGAAGAAUGGAGUCUCUCUGGUUACCACAGGGGGCAGCUUGCAGAUCGAGAAGGUGGAUCUGAGGGAUGAAGGCAACUAUACCUGUGUGGCUACCAACCUGGCUGGAGAGGCCAAGAGAGAUGUGGUGCUGAAGGUGUUGGUGCCCCCCAACAUCGAGCCAGGCCUAGUGAAUAAGGCUGUGUUGGAGAACACCUCAGCAUCCUUGGAGUGCCUGGCAUCAGGAGUCCCUACUCCCAGAAUAUCCUGGUAUAGGGGUCGCCAGCCUAUUUCUUCUAAGCCUGGCUUGAUGGUGUCAUCUGAUGGGAGGGUUCUCCGGAUCAAGCGUGCCCAGCUGUCAGAUGCAGGAAGUUACCGGUGUGUGGCAUCCAAUGUGGCUGGCAGCAGUGAGCUAAAAUUUGGCCUUCGAAUUAAUGUGCCUCCUCGAAUCACACUGGCUCCCAGCCUCCCAGGUCCUGUGCUCUUGAAUGAGCCAGUGAGGCUGGUAUGUAAUGCCACUGGGGCUCCCUCUCCCAUGCUGAUGUGGCUGAAAGAUGGCAACCCCGUGUCAGCCACAGGGACCUCCGGCCUCCAGAUUUUCCCUGGGGGCCAUGUCCUCACCCUGGCUGGCUCCAGGGCCACAGACGCAGGGACAUAUACCUGCGUGGCAGUGAAUGCUGUCGGGGAGGAUCGGAGGGAUGUUACCUUGCAGGUCCACUUGCCCCCAAGCAUCUUGGGAGAAGAGCAGAAUGUGUCUGUUGUGGUUAAUCAGUCCGUGACCUUGGAGUGCCAGAGCCAAGCUGUGCCCCCUCCUGUGCUGAGCUGGAGGAAGGAUGGACAUACCCUUUCCCCUCGGCCAGGAGUCCACCUCUCUGCAGAUGGAGUCCUCUUGCAGGUGGAAAGAGCUGAGGUUCAGGAUGUGGGCCGCUACACCUGUGAAGCUCUGAACAAGGCUGGCCGCUCUGAGAAACACUACAAUCUCAAUGUCUGGGUUCCCCCAGAGUUCUCUUUUUGGGAGCCCCGGACCCUGGCAGUGACUGAAGGCCAUCCUGUCAGCCUGUCUUGUGAAUGCUGGGGAAUCCCCUUCCCCAAAAUCACCUGGAAGAAAGAUGGGAUGCUCGUGCCCACUGAUGGUGGCAGCACAGAACCCAUCUCAGCUGUGGGGAGGCUGCUGUACCUGGGAAAAGCUCAGCCUUCUCAGGAAGGCAACUAUACCUGUGAGUGCAGCAACAUAGCUGGGAAUAGCAGCCAGGAACAGCAUCUGGAGGUGUAUGUUGCUCCAAAGAUCCCGGGCAGCAGUGACUUCCAUAAGGAGGUGUCCGUGAUUCAUUCUGGAGAGGUCACCCUGGAAUGUGAAGCUACAGGGAAGCCGCCUCCAGUAGUGACAUGGGAGAAGGAUGGCCAGCUGGUGACUAGGGACCAAGGCCUGCUCCUUCAGCACCGGGGGAGGGCCCUGCAAGUGGAGCAGGCACGGGCUGCUCAUGCUGGACGCUAUACCUGCAUAGCUGAGAAUGAGGCUGGGCGGGCAGAGCAGAGGUUUGACCUCUCAGUGCUAGUCCCCCCAGAGCUCACUGGGGACACUGACCCACUGACCAAUGUCACAACAGUCCUGCAGAGUACUCUGACUCUACUCUGUGAGGUCUCAGGCAACCCUUCCCCGCUGAUCCGCUGGUUCCGUGGGGAGGAACCCAUCAGUCCUGGAGAGGAAGUUUACUUCCUGGCAGGUGGCAGGAUUCUGAAGCUAACUCAAGUGCAGGAGGAAGAGGGUGGCCUCUAUAUGUGUCUUGCAAGUAAUAUAGUUGGGGAAGUGAGAAAGAAUUUCAGUGUGGAGGUCUUGGUUCCUCCUCGAAUUGAGAAUGAGGAUACAGAAGAGGUAGUUAAAGUUCCUGAAGGACAAUCUGCCUACUUAACUUGCAACGUCACAGGUCAUCCCCAGCCAACAGUCACAUGGUUCAAAGACGGCCGUACCCUCUCUGGAGGAGACCUCUAUUCCAUAUCCCCAGAUGGAUCUCUGCUAGAAAUACUCCAGGCCAACUUCUCCAGCUCUGGCCAUUACUCUUGCAUUGCAUCAAACUCUGUCUCAGAGAAAACCAAGCACUACAAACUUAGUGUUCUGGUGGGCCCCACCAUUUUGGGAGCGACUGAGGACAAUCCAGAUGAGGAAGUGACAGUGACUAUCAACAACCCCAUUUCCCUGAUCUGUGAGGCCCUCGCAUUCCCUUCCCCUACCGUAACCUGGAUGAAAGAUGGGGCUCCAUUUCAAGCCUCAGGAAAUACCCAACUGCUCCCAGGUACCCAUGGAUUGCAGAUUCUCAAUGCCCAGGAGCAGGAUGCUGGCCGAUACACAUGUGUAGUCACUAAUGAAGUCGGAGAGGCUGUCAAGAACUACCAUGUAGAAGUUCUCAUUCCUCCUUCUAUUUCCAAGGAUGAUCCAUUGGAUGAAUUCAGUGUUAAAGAGGUGAAGGCCAAGGUCAACAGCACCCUGAGCUUGGAGUGUGAAUCCUGGGCUAUGCCCCCUCCAACCAUCACCUGGUACAAGGAUGGACAGCUGGUGAGCCCUGACAAUCGCCUUCACCUGCUGGCUGAUGGACGGCUGCUCCAGAUCAAUCCAACCAAGGCCUGGGAUUCAGGGCGAUACCUAUGUGUGGCCACCAAUGUGGCUGGAGAGGAUGACAAAGACUUCAAUGUGCUUGUCCAAGUGCCCCCCAUAUUCCAGAAGAUUGGAGAUCCCAAUGAAGCCUUUGAGGUCCACCACCAGGAAGAGGAGCUGAGGGGAGGUGUGCUUGAGUACCGAGAAAUUGUGGAGAACAAUCCUGCCUACCUGUACUGUGACACCAAUGCUGUCCCACCUCCACAGCUUACCUGGUAUAAGGAUGAUCAGCCCCUCUCAGAUAUUGAGGGUAUCUCUGUGUUACAAGGUGGCCGGGUCCUGCAGAUCCCCAUGGUUCGAUCAGAGGAUGCAGGGAGGUAUACAUGCAAAGCCUCCAAUGAAGUUGGAGAGGAUUGGCUGCACUAUGAGCUUCUGGUGCUGACACCACCUGUGAUCCAGGGGGAUCCAGAAGAGCUGGUGGAGGAAGUGACAGUGAAUGCCAACAGCACAGUCAACCUGCAAUGCCAGGCCUUGGGCACCCCCACACCAGUUAUCUCCUGGCUCCGGAAUGGGCUGCCCUUCAUCCCUAGCUCAAAGCACCAGGCCCUGGAGGAUGGGCAAGUCUUGCAGGUCUCUGUUGCCGAUGCAGCUGACUCUGCCAGCUAUAUGUGUGUGGCAGAGAAUUCAGCAGGCUCAUCUGAAAAGCUUUUCACCCUUAAGGUUCAAGCUCCUCCCAGAAUCACUGGCUUGAACCCAGAGCGCAUCACAGCCAUUGUGAAUAGCAGCGUGUCCCUUCCUUGCGAUGUCCACUCUCACCCCAGCCCUGAGGUGACAUGGUACAAGGAUGGCUGGGCCCUCCCUUUCAGUGAAGACAUCUUCCUCCUGCCCGGUACCCAUACCCUGCAGCUGCCCCGGCCCAAGCCUUCUGACACAGGCACAUAUACCUGUGAAGCCCUCAAUGUGGCCGGCAGAGACCAGAAGUUGGUGCUGCUCAGUGUAUUUGCACCCCCCACCAUCAAGCAAACUCCAGGUGGACAGCGGGACACAACAGUGGUUCGAGUUGGGGACACAGCUGUCCUGCAUUGUGAGUCAGACACACUGCCUGAACCAGUGAUAACUUGGUAUAAAAAUGGACAACAGAUUGCGCUGGACCAGCAGGUCCAAACACUAUUGGAUGGACAGAAACUAGAGAUUGUGAAUGUCCAGGUUGCAGAUAAAGGUUUGUACAGCUGUAAGGUCAGCAACAUAGUUGGUGAAGCCAUUCGGACCUUUGUCCUUAUUGUCCAGGUGCCCCCAAUCUUUGAGAAUCCUGAGACGGAGACUCUGAGCCAGGUGGCUGGAAACCCCCUGGUCCUGGUGUGUGAUGUGGCUGGGGUCCCUGCUCCCACUGUUACCUGGUUAAAGGACAGGAUGCCUGUUGAGAGCAGUGUGGAGAGAGGAGUGGUUUCCAGAGGUGGCCGCCUGCAGCUCAGCCGCCUCCAGCCCUCCCAGGAAGGAACUUACACGUGUGUGGCUGAGAAUCCUGAGGCCGAAGCCCGCAAAGACUUUGUGGUCAUGGUGCUAGUGGCCCCGAGGAUCCUGAGCUCUGGGGUUCCCCAAGAGCAUAACAUCCUAGAAGAGCAGGAGGUGAGGCUAGAGUGUGAGGCAGAAGGGCAGCCACAGCCAGACAUCUCAUGGCUGAAGGACGGGAGGCCCCUGGGAGUCCACACUGCUCCCCAUCUUCGGUUCUAUACAGAUGGCAGCUCCCUGGUCCUGAAGGGCUUGAAGUCUUCUGACUCAGGGGCAUAUACCUGCUUGGCUCAGAACAGUGUGGGAGAAGACACCAAGCUGCACACCGUCAGUGUGCUGGUUCCCCCCACCAUUGAGAGAGGGGCCAAUGGAUCAGAGAACUUGAUAAGUGUACAAGGGGAGCUGGUGACCAUGGCAUGCCCAGCCCGAGGCUCCCCACCAAUACAGAUUAACUGGUUGAAGGAUGGCCUCCCCAUGCCCUUGUCCCAGCGCACCCACCUCCAUUCCUCAGGCCGUACCCUCAGGAUUUCCCAAGUACAGGUGGCAGAUGCGGGAACUUUCACAUGUGUGGCCUCCAGCCCUGCCGGAGUAGCUGAGAGAACCUUCAGCUUACAGAUUCAUGUGCCCCCCGUCCUAGAGCCGUCAGAGACCAAGGAUGCCAUGGCUGUAGUGAGAGGCUCGGAUGUCACAUUGCCCUGUGAGGCCAGAGGUAGUCCCCUGCCUGCAGUGUCUUGGCUCAAAGACGGGGCAUCCUUGAUGCUCCAGAGGCUGGGUCUAGGGUCUGGGAGCAGCCUGCAGCUGGAGGCGGUGCAGGCCGAUGACGCGGGGACAUACUCCUGUGUGGCUAUCAAUGAAGCUGGCGAGGCAACCAGACACUUCCAGCUGGCUGUAAUGGAACCCCCCCACAUUGAGGACUCGGGCCAGGCUGAAGAGAUGCUGCUACUUCCUGGGGCCCCUUUGGAGCUGAUCUGCAAUGCUCUUGGUAGCCCCAUGCCCAACAUCACCUGGCAGAAGGAUGGGCAGGUGUUGGCCAGGCUAGGGAGUAUCACCAAGGAUGGGCGAGUCCUCCGAGUGGAAGGUGUCCAGGUGGAUGAUGCUGGCUUGUAUACCUGCCUGGCUGAGAAUCCUGCAGGGGAAGAUGGGAAGAAUUUUUUGGUUAGGGUGCAAGCACCGCCAAACAUUGUUGGAUCCCGUGAAACUAGAACAGUCAUUGGGUUGGCUGAUGGACAGCUGGUCCUAGAGUGCCCAGUGGAAGCAGACCCACCACCUAAGAUUGAAUGGCACAGAGAAGGCGUCUUGCUCCAGGCAGAUGCCCACACGCUGUUCCUGGAGAAUGGGCGGUUUCUUCAGCUCCAGGCCUUGGAUACAUCUGACAGUGGCGACUAUAACUGUGUAGCCAGCAAUGCAGCAGGUAGCACGAGCCUGCCCUUCAGUGUGGAGAUCCACAUGGCUCCCACGAUCCAGCCAGGUCCUUCAGUGGUGAAUGUUUCAGUGAAUGAAACAGCUCUGCUGCCCUGCAAGACUAGGGGGCUCCCUGUGUCCCUGGUGAGCUGGAGGAAGGAUGGAAUCCCACUGGUUCCUGGAAGCCCCAGGCUAGAGUUUCUGUCAGAUGGCUCCCUGAGGAUUCAGCCAGUCUAUCCCCAGGACUCUGGGUAUUAUCUCUGCCAAGCUUCAAACUCAGCUGGCUCAGACCGGCAAGGACGGGAACUUCGAGUCUUCGAGCCCCCCACCAUUGCACCUGGACCCUCCAACCUAACAUUGACUGUGCAUACCCAGGCCACCCUGCCCUGUGAGGCCAGGGGCUCCCCAAAGCCUCAUGUAGUCUGGAAGAAGAAUGGACAGACUCUGAGUCUGGAUCGACAUCAAGAGGCUUACAGGCUCCUGCCCUCAAGUUCGCUUGUGCUUACUGACCCUGACCUUCAGGACACAGCCCAGUUUGAAUGUCUAGUGAGUAAUGAUGCUGGAGAGACCCGGCGACUAUUUUGGGUCACUGUGUAUGUGCCACCUACUAUUGCUGAUGACCGGACAGACUUCACUGUUACCAAGAUGGCACCAGUGGUCCUGACCUGCCACACCACUGGUGUGCCAACUCCAGUUGUUUCCUGGAGCAAAGGGGGAGCCCAGCUGGGGAAGAGAGGGAGUGGCUAUCGUGUCUCUCCCACAGGUGCCCUGGAGAUUGAGCAAGCUCUGCCCAUUCACACAGGCCGCUAUACCUGCACAGCCAGGAAUGCCGCUGGUGUAGCCCACAAGCAUGUCAUCCUCAUGGUGCAAGCCUCCCCAGUGAUAAAUCCAUUGCCUAGUGUGGUACAUGUGAUGGCUCUAGAUGAUGUGGUCCUACCUUGUGAAGCCUCUGGCAUUCCUCGACCAACAAUUACCUGGCAGAAGGAAGGGCUCAGCAUUCCAACAGGUACUGGUGCCCAGAUUUUGUCCAGUGGGCAACUACGGAUCUCCCGAGCUAGUGCAGAAGAUGCAGGCAAUUACUUGUGCAUUGCCAAGAAUCCAUCAGGGACAGCUCUGGGUAAAACUCGGCUGGUGGUGCAAGUCCCUCCUGUGAUCAAGGGUGGGCACUCUGACCUGUCGGCAGCAGAGGGUUCCCAGGCUCUUCUGCCCUGCAUAGCCCAGGGCAUCCCAGAGCCUCACAUCACCUGGAAAAAAGAUGGGUUCGUUGUGCCCAGUAUGGAGGGGAAAUAUACCAUCCAACCAUCUGGGGAGCUGCUAGUGAAGAAUUCGGAGCGGCGGGAUGCAGGGACAUACACGUGUAUUGCAGAGAAUGCUGCUGGCCAUACAAGCCGCCGAGUACACCUCUCCAUCCUGUCCCUCCCCACCUUCACCACACUGCCUGGGGACCUGAGCCUCAAUCAUGGGGAUAGGCUGUGGUUGCGUUGUACUGCCCGGGGGAGCCCCACUCCCCACAUCAGUUGGAUGGUCAACAACAGGCUGGUUAAAGAAGGCGUGUUGGAACAGGAUGGGGGCAGUACAUUGCAGCGGGCAGCCGUCACCAGGGAGGACAGUGGCACCUAUACCUGUUGGGCUGAAAACAUCGUGGGCAAAGUCCAGGCUGUCAGUUUUGUCCAUGUGAAAGAGGCACCAGCUCUACAAGGCGAGGCCUCCUCCCACCUGGUAGAACUUUUGGGUGACAGUGCCCGAUUGGACUGUGCUGCCCGUGGUGACCCAGCACCUGUCAUCCGCUGGAUCAAAGAUGGCCUCCCAGUGCUCAGCAGCCACCAUAAGCACCAGCUGCAGAAUGGUUCCUUAGCCAUCCACAGGACUGUGAUGGAAGAUGCUGGGAGUUACCAUUGCCUGGCAGAGAACGAAGUAGGUGUGGUGGAGAAAGUGGUGACCCUCAUCUUGCGGAGUGCCCCCAUAUUUGUGGUGGAGCCCCAGGAUGUGGUAGUGAGAGCUGGUGGGACUGUGGUUCUGCUGUGCCAGGCAGCAGGAGAGCCAGUACCCACGGUGGAGUGGACCCACGAUGGACAUCCCAUUCGGGUCAACCAGCGGCUCCGGACCCUCCCCAAUGGCAGCCUGCAGUUCAAGGGUGUGGAGAUGGACGAUAUGGGGGAAUAUGAGUGCGUUGCUCAUAAUCUCCUAGGCACUGCCACUGCCCAUGCAUUUGUGGCUGUGAAAGGAGACCCUCGAGGGAGCCGGGGCAGGAUGAUUGGUGAAAUCAAUGGCCAGGAAUUUGGUGUGGCCUAUCUCAACACCAGUGUGCUACAGGAAGAUGAUAAUGGGGCCACCACAAUCCAGAGCAGCAUCAACAACAUCCCCCCAGAAGUGGGACCACUGAUGAGAAUUCUUGUGGUUGCCAUUGCGCCUAUUUACUGGGUCCUGGCAGGGCAGAGUGGGGAGGUUCUAAAUGGCUAUUCUCUGACCAAGGGCAAUUUCAGGCAGGAGUCCCAGGUGGAGUUUGCUACAGGGGAACUGCUCCACCUGACCCAGGUGGCCCGGGGUUUGGACAGAGAUGGCCUACUCCUCCUUGAUGUGGUUGUCAAUGGUUUUAUCCCUGAGGCGUUGGCUCUAGCCCAACUGCAAGUGCAGGAUUUUCAAGAACGCUAUGUGCAGAUAGGACCUGGCCAACUAUAUGUGGGCUCCACACAGACCUUCUUGAAGGACGGAGCCCCUACUCACUUUCGCUGCAACCAUACAAUCCAGUAUGACUCUGUCCUGGGGCCCCAGCCCCAGCUGGUGCAACACCUUCGUGCCACAGAGGUCAGUUCAGCCUUUGACCCUGGGGAAGAGGCUCUCCGAUUCCAGCUCACCACAGCUCUCCAAGCAGAUGAGAAUGAAGCUGACUGUCCUGAGGGCUUUGUGCUGGAUUCACUACAGGCUUUUUGUACUGAUAAGGACGAAUGUUCCAGCAGCAAGAGUCCCUGUUCCCACACCUGCCACAACUCCCUGGGCCGUUUUUCUUGCUCCUGUCCUAGUGGGUAUGCUUUGGCCUGGGACAACAGGAACUGCAAAGAUGUAGAUGAAUGUGCAUGGGAUACUUCUGUCUGCCAUGAUGGGCAGCGCUGUGUGAACCUCCUUGGUUCCUACCAGUGCCUCCCCCAUUGCAGGACUGGUUUCCAGGCAACAGCUGAUGGAACAGGCUGUGAAGAUGUUAAUGAAUGUCUAGAGCACUUGGAUGAAUGUCGCUACAACCAGAUCUGUGAGAACAUUCUAGGGGGGCAUCGCUGUACCUGUCCUCCAGGAUACAGAAGCCAGGGUCAUGGCCAUCCCUGCUUGGAUAUUAAUGAAUGCUUGCAGCUGCCUAAAAUCUGUGCUUACCAGUGCCACAACCUACAGGGCAGCUAUCGAUGCUUGUGCCCACCAGGUCAGGCAUUACUCCAAGAUGGCAAGGCCUGUGGUAGACUGGAAAAGAUAGAAAGCAAUGUUACUACCAUCAGUUACCAGGGAUCCUUCCCAUCCUGGCUUCGACCCCGAGCCCGAGCUCAUGGGGGCUCCUACCAUGCAUGGAUCUCUUUCUGGCCCAUUGGAAGUCCCCUGAGCUCCGCUGGUAGGACCUGGUGUCCACCGGGCUUCACCAGGAGGAAUGGAGCCUGCACUGACCUUGAUGAGUGCCAGGUGAGGACCCUGUGCCAGCAUGCCUGCCGCAACACUGAGGGCAGUUACCAGUGCCUUUGCCCAGCUGGGUACCGCCUACUCUCCAGUGGGAAGAACUGCCAGGACAUCAAUGAGUGUGUGGAAGAAGGCAUCAAAUGUGGCCCCAGCCAGAUGUGCUUCAACACCCGUGGCAGUUAUCAGUGUGUGGACACACCAUGCCCUGCUACAUACAGGAGGGGUUCCAGUCCUGGGAUGUGCUUCCGUCGCUGUGCCCUGGACUGUAGCUCUGGGGGCCCCUUCACCUUACAGUAUAAGCUUCUCACUCUCCCCUUUGGCAUCCGGGCCGAUCAUGAUGUCGUCCGCCUAACAGCCUUCUCAGAUGGGGGUGUCCUGCCCAAUCGGACAGUCUUGACGGUGCUAGAGCCUGACCCUAACAGUCCCUUUGCCUUGCGGGAACCUCAGAGUGGGCAGGGUGCAAUCUACACCCGCCGACCACUCACCGAUGCUGGUGUUUACCGCCUAAAAGUGCAAGCGGUCACCUACGGGGAACAUCGAAUACUUCGGUACCAGAACGUGUUUGUCAUUCUCAUCUCAGUCUCACCUUAUCCCUACUGAGGGCUUUCUAGAGGCAAGGAACCCUGAUGUCCCAACUCCUCCAGCCCUUCUUGGCUCGUCCAUUCCAUCAAUCAGUAAACAUGUAUUAAGCACCUACUGUGUGCUGGCCACUGUGCUAAGUAAGCUGAAUGUGUUGAGUGCUUCCAUGAUAGGCCGUGCCCCACAUCCCAGGUUUGGUGCAGAAUAUGGCUUCUCCACUCUGCCUUCAGAAGCCCCAUGAGAUCCCUAGCUGGGCCUUGUCUGGCUUCCACCUUUGUCCUUUCCAUGAAACUGCUACUGCCUGGGUCUCUUCAUCAUCCCCUCCUCUCAUCAGAGAUGAUGUGCCCAAACCAUGUAGCUUAGACCCAGUCACCUCCGAGGACAAGCUAGGGAGAUCCUGAGCCCUCAGCCUUCCAGCGAAGCGGAGAACUGACUUUCUAACUGUGAUUGAGGAUAUCUUUGUACAGUUCUUGAUGAAGGGUGGGAGAGGCAGACCUUGGAGUCUCCCUGUGCCCCCACCCCUGCUCAAUCUGGGGUCCUUGAAGCCAGGAGAGGCUUUGCUGUCUCUCAGCGAUAUCAACUGCUCUUGCAACAGGCCCUCUAUCUGGCUCUGUGCGUCACCCCCACACGUGAGGCCCUUCAACAAACAAUCUCUAUCUGCAGCCUUGACCCUCUGGGAUAUGGACAGAGAUGAGAGCAAAGGAACCAAACAUGAGGAUGCCAAAGUCUUUAGAGCUGGAAACUAGAAGAAUGUUGGUUCAGCUCAGCAAAGUCCAAUAAACCAGGACUCAGGGACCAGCUUGUCAAGCCUCAGGAGCAUUCACAUCCACCCACAAAGAAGUCGACGCUCUUACCCUUGGGCCCAAGGGCUUCUGGGCCACGGGGGGAAGCACAGGCUUAGUGUAAAGUAUCCAUGGUAAAAGAAAGACUGAGGGGUGGAGGAAAAGGGCUGGCCACAUCCUAACAGGCUUGAUAUCAGCCAGAUAUAUUUAUCUAGCUACAUCUGGCAGCUUUGUAUACCAUUCUGAAAAAAUAAAAUUAAAUAAAAGAUAUGUUAUUGACAAA